AGUUUUCAGUAACUGAAUAGACAUCAUGUCUCGAGCACGGCAGCCCCCACUUGUAACUGGCAUCUCUCCCAAUGAAGGCAUCUCAUGGACCAAAGUGACAAUUAGAGGAGAAAAUCUGGGAACUGGGCCUACAGACCUCAUAGGUUUAACAAUCUGUGGGCACAACUGUCUGCUGACUGCUGAGUGGAUGUCUGCCAGUAAAAUCGUUUGUAGAGUCGGACAGGCUAAAAAUGACAAGGGAGACAUUAUUGUUACUACAAAGUCUGGUGGCAAAGGAACUUCAACUGUUUCCUUCAAACUGCUUAAACCUGAAAAAAUAGGUAUCUUGGAUCAGUCUGCUGUCUGGGUGGAUGAAAUGAACUAUUAUGACAUGCGCACUGAUAGGAACAAAGGGAUUCCCCCCUUGUCCCUGCGUCCAGCUAAUCCGCUUGGUAUUGAGAUAGACAA